GACGACUUCAAAAAAUUUUCUCUCUCCCUACGCCAAUAAAUAUGAGAAGUCGACUCCUGCCAACUUUCUCUUCUCUUUCUCUCUCCAACACCUCCGCUCAUCCCUGUUCGCACCCCCUCACAUCCCCCCCCCUACUCUGCCCCUCUCCCAUUCAGACGCAUAACGCAUUCGACACUUUUUAAGCGCAGAUUCUUGCUGCUCUCUUCUCAUUCUGGUUUCCGUUUACCACAGCGUUUUUCAUACAUCACUUGCUUAGCACACACCUUACUCAAAGCAAAAAUAACCAUGUCCGAUUCAGACAGCUCAGAGGAUAUGCCUUUGGCCCAGAGGAGGAAGCAGAAGGUCGACCAUCAUCUUACAACGGAUGACGACAAUUACGAAGACAGCAGCAGUGAUUCGGAUGUGCCGCUUCGAAAGCGUAAGAGGCCAGUCUUGAAGGAAGAGUCUUCAAACAGCGAGUCAGACGCUCCUCUGGCUAAGAAGGCUGCCGCCAAAAAGACUGCGCCCGCAAAGUCCUCAGCAAAACCCUCCAAGACAGCAACCAAGGUCAAGUCAGAGCCCACCAACGGUUCAUCUCGCAAAAUCAAGACCUCUGAUGAUUCGAAGCAAUCCACGGUCAAGAAGCGUGUCAAGAAGGAAGAUGAGGAUGACAAGUCCAAGGUCAAGAAGGUCAAAAAGGUGGAUGCCGGGGAUGACAAGUCCAAGGUCAAGAAAAUCAAGAAAGAGGAAGAAGAGGAGGAAGAGGAUGCCUGGUGGCUGAAAGAGAGGGAGAAUGAAGAUGAUACCGUCAAGUGGACAACAUUGAGCCAUAACGGCGUCUACUUUGCUCCAUCAUAUGUACCACACGGCGUCAAGAUGAAAUACGAUGGCAAACCUGUCACUCUCGCCCCUGAGGUGGAGGAGGUUGCUUCUUUCUUUGGCGCAUUGCUGUACACGGAGCAUGCAGAGAAUCCGACCUUUCAGGAUAACUUCUUCAGAGACUUUUCAAAACUCGCUAAGAAACACAAAACGGUCCCUGAGAUUACCAGCUUCAAAAAGUGUGACUUUACGCCGAUGUAUGACUACUUCCAGAAGGAGAAGGAGCGGAAGAAGAGCAUGACCAAGGAGGAGAAGCAGGCGAUCAAGGAUGAGAAGGCGACGCUUGAUGAAAAGUACGGAUUUUGCAUGCUGGAUGGUCGCAAGGAAAAGGUUGGCAACUACCGCAUCGAACCGCCGGGUUUGUUCCGAGGACGAGGAAAGCACCCUAAGACAGGAUGCCUCAAGCUUCGUGUCCACCCCGAGCAAGUCACCUUGAACUUGAGCAAGGAUGCACCUGUUCCACCAGCCCCCGCAGGACACAAGUGGGGAAAGAUUGUUCACGAUGACACAAAGACGUGGCUGGCCACCUGGAAGGAGAACGUGAACGAUUCGACAAAGUACGUUUUCUUGGCUGCCGGCAGUUCCCUCAAAGGACAAUCUGAUCUUAAGAAGUUCGAGACUGCCAGGGCACUCAAGGGCGAGGUCGAGAACAUCCGUCGAGUAUACAUGGCGGAGCUCAAGGACAAGAAGAUGUUUAUUCGCCAGCGUGCCACGGCAAUGUAUCUUAUCGAUCGCCUUGCUCUCAGAGCUGGUAACGAGAAGGGAGAGGACGAGGCGGACACUGUCGGUUGUUGUUCACUUCGCUUUGAGCACGUCACUCUGGAGAAGCCCAACAUCAUGCACUUGGACUUUUUGGGUAAAGAUUCGAUCCGUUACCAAAAGUCUAUGGAAGUUGAUGAGCAAGUCUUUAAAAAUAUCCGUCUCUUCAAGCGAGAACCAGCCCAAGAGGGAGAUGAGCUCUUUGAUCGCCUUAAGACGUCAGAGUUGAACAAGCAUUUGCAAAGCCUGAUGAAGGGAUUGACGGCCAAGGUGUUCCGUACAUACAACGCUUCGUUCACGUUUCAGGAUCAGCUACAAAAGUUGACGCCGGUGAAAGGAACUGUGGCCGAAAAACUCCUGGCCUACAACCGUGCUAAUCGCGAGGUCGCCAUUCUUUGUAACCAUCAGCGUGCAGUCAGCAAGGGACAUGCCGUUCAGAUGGACAAAAUCGUUGACAAGAUCCGUGCACUCAAGUACCAGAAGAUGAAGUUGAAGCGGACGAUUGUGACAUUGGAACCGAAGUUGAAGAAGAAGAGGCCAGAGCUCCUUGAGCCUGAGUCAGACCUGGAGGACGAAUGGAUCGAAGAAUAUGAGGCUCAGAUCAUAGCUAAGGAGCGGGAAAAGACCAAGCUUUGGUGGGAGAAGGAGAAUGAGAAGAGGAAAGAGAACAAGGAGAAGCCCCUGACUGAGAAGGAUCUCAAGCUGAAGUUGAAGGACGCUGAUGAACACGAAAAGCAGUUGGCCAAGGAGCGUAAGAAUGGCAAUGUCACCGCACCCAAGGGCGCGACGGUUGAGAAGUGUGAUACACAGCUUUUGAAGUUGGACGAACGCAUUGCUGCCACUAGAACUGCCAUGGUUGACAAGGAGGAGAACAAACAGACGGCUUUGGGAACGUCCAAGAUCAACUACAUCGAUCCUCGUAUCUCUGCCGCAUGGUGCGAGAAGUACGAUGUGCCCUUGGAGAAGAUCUUCACGAAGACUCUCCGUGACAAGUUCAAGUGGGCCAUGACAGUCGAUGCUGACUGGGAAUUCUAAGGCAACUGCAUAUUGUGCAUAAUGUGCAUUGAGUUGUCUCCCCCC